AUGGUUGCUGCCUCGCGCCGCACCUCAGCGCUGGGGGAGAUCACCCACCGCAGCGGUGCUUCCGGGCACCCAGCAACGCCUGAUCCCCCCCCCCAUACUAUCCUCCCCGCAUUCCUGGAGGGAGCCGCCCUGUGGGAUCCGCCGUUCGCCGGCGUUGUCCACGGGGUCUGGACCCUUCAUCCGAGGGCCACAUGCCGCAGCCUGCCAGCGCCUUCACGGGCGCCUGGUCGGAUCACCUGCGUGCGGACUGGUGCUGAGGAGUUUAGUGGGGGCAAUUGGAUGGUUUCAGCGUCCCCCCGGUACGCCGGGGGUGCCGCCGCAACCGGGCGCCUCGUGCGCCCCUUCCAUUUAACUACAUUCUACCCCUUCGGGGGUCUGGGCUCCCGGGACUCUCUCGCCGCAAGGCGGGUGGGCCCCCGGGAUGUCUUGCCAUGA